AUGACAGCAACAAACAACAACAGCAACUAUAUCGUUUCUGAUGAAAAAGUUAUUGAUUCAUUAACUGAGGAAUUAGUUGUGGCAGAAACUAAAACCCUCAACGAAAGAAUUGGUGAAAACAAGAUUGAUUUACAUAACUACCUCAAACAUGAUGGAGGAAGAGGAAGGAAAACUGGUACAGCUUUAUUAGUAAAUAAAAUUUCAAAUUUAACGAUUAUAGAUGUUGAUAUCAAUAAAUCGUACAAUGAUGAACUUAAAGAAACAGUUAGAAAAGAUAUUUUAUCAAAACUUUCGGAUAAAGAUGUUAUCGUUAAAACCGCUUCAGGAGGUCUUCACAUUUAUUGCAACACUAAUUUCUUCUAUUCAACCUCGAACAGAAUGAUUAAAUGUUAUUCCUGCAAUGAUUAUGAUAUUGACAUAAUGACUUCAAUGGAUGAUUCAAAGCGUUCAUUAGUGGUUAUGGCUGAUUCAAGAGUUCGCAAGAAUGCAACAGAACCAAUCAAAACAUACUCAUUCAUUCGUGGAAGUUAUGAUUCAACAUUAACCAGAACAGUGAAUGAUAUAUUAAAUGAUUUGAAUAUUAAGGUAAGAGUUGAACAGAAGAACGAAGAAAUAAAGACUAUCAUGAAUGAAAACAAAGAUGUAAACAUUGACGAUAAACUAGCUCAAAGCAUAGUUGAUGGCAUCU